GGUGGCAACACAGUCUUUUUUUGUUUUUAUUUUGAUUCGAUUGAGAUUCGAAUCGAACGCGGAAGUAGCUCGUUGUUGACGCUCGUCUGGUGAAAGAUGUCUUUUUGCUUUUUCAGAAUAGUCUAAAAAUGUCUAAAUUAUGGUGAAUAACUCGUCGGCCCCGUAAAAAGGAAGGUGAAACCUAACAAUGGCCUCGAGAGGCGACAAAGGGAAUGGAAAUGGCGAGGAGCAGAUCGUCGAGACGCUGGCGGAGGUGUUCCGCUGCUUCAUCUGUAUGGAGAAGCUGGUGGACGCCCACCUGUGCCCGCACUGCUCGAAGCUGUGCUGCUACGCGUGCGUGCGCCGCUGGCUGACGGAGCAGCGCUCGCAAUGUCCUCACUGCCGUGCCUCGCUGCAUCUGCACGAGCUGGUCAAUUGCCGCUGGGUGGAAGAGGUCACCCAGCAGAUAGAGACCAUGCAGCAGAGCAACUCCGUUACCCAACGGGAGAGCUAUAGAGAUAGAUGUCCGACACACCAGGAGAAACUGACGGUGUACUGCUGGACGUGCCGGCGCUGUAUCUGCCACCAGUGCGCGCUCUGGGGCGGCACUCAUUCGGGACACACUUUCAAGCCGCUGGAGGAGGUGUACGAGCAACAUGUGACGCAGAUCCGGGAUGAGGUCGCCCAGCUGCGCCGCCGGCUGUUGGAGCUCAUCUCGCUGGUGCAGGAUGUGGAGCGUAACGUGGAAUCAGUCCGCGCGGCCAAAGACGAGCGCGUACGCGAGAUCCGCAACGCUGUGGAGUUGAUGAUCUCGCGGCUGGACUCCGCGCUCAAGGCCAAGCUGCUCACCCUGAUGGGGCAGAAGAACAGCCUCACGCAGGAGACGGAACAGCUCGAGCAUCUGCUUCAGGAGAUAGAACACCAACUGCAUUCCAGCACUAGAUCUGAACUAAUAGCGAAGAGCGGCGAGCUCUCCAAGAUGAUUCACCAAGUACGCAAGAAACCCAUGGCCAGUUUCGUGACUGCCCCGGUGCCGGCUGAUUUCCACAGGGUGUUCAUUUGCAGCGAGAUCGUGCCGAGCUACGACAGCAGCACGUUCCCGCUGAGCAACUUCACGCAGCUGCAGCACGCGGCCGCGCCCGUGUACUCCGCGCCGCUGCACGUCAACGGACUCUGCUGGCGGCUCAAGGUGUACCCCGACGGUAACGGCGUGGUGCGUGGCAACUAUCUGUCCGUGUUCCUAGAGCUGAGCGCCGGCUUGCCUGAGACCUCCAAAUACGAGUACCGCGUAGAGAUGCUCCAUCAAGUGUCUCGCGAUCCGUCCAAGAACAUAGUGCGCGAGUUCGCGUCAGACUUCGAGGUGGGCGAGUGCUGGGGCUACAACCGCUUCUUCAGGCUGGACUUGCUGGCCAGCGAGGGUUACCUCAACCCUGAGACUGACACGCUCAUACUCAGAUUCCAAGUCCGUCCGCCGACGUUCUACCAGCGUUGCCGCGACCAGCAGUGGUACAUCAACCAGCUCAUCACCGUACAGAACCAACACAUUCUGCAGAUCAAUGAUCUUAAGGAGCGUCUGUCCCUGGAGAUGUCGCGCAACUCCAUCGCGGCGACGCGGGCCGCCGCGCCCAGCUCCAACAACGCGCAGACGACCGCGGGCAACGAGGCGGACAACCCCGCGCAGAACAACCCCGUCGACGGCAACAGCCUCAGCGACUCCAUCGUCUUCGGACAGUGGAAGUUCAGCACGCCCCACAGUGCCAUGAGCAACCAGCCGCUUACUAGUCCUAGUAUGCUGAACACAGGCGUGUUCGCGGAGGACACCCGCAACAACGACGUGUGCGCAGCGCCGGCGUACGGCUACGGGGACUACCAGCUGGACCGCCGCCUGGCCACGCCGCACCACUACAACCUGCCCUCCACCUCGCGGUCGGCCAACUCGCUGCACGUAAGCGCGGGCGGGGCGGGCGCGGGCGCGGGCGCGGACAGCAUGGCGCUGGUCAGCCUGCACACCCUGUUCAGCGCCGCCAGCCGGCCGUCUCGGGUGCCCAGCAAGCUGCACGCCAAGAGUCCCAGGCAUGACAAGCACCAUCUGCCGGCCAAGGAGUCCACUCUCACCGCGGUAGCAAGCAGCCCGGUGACAGAGGUGAGCCCGACGAUGACGAGCGCGGUGCUGUGCUCAUCCAUAUCGUCGUCGGAGCUGGCGGCGGGGGGUGCGGCUGCUGCGGGCGGUGCGGGGGGCGCGGGCAAGCCGGCGGGCGCGGCGGCCGACGCGCAGCUGGACAGCCCCGACGCCACGCACGUCGGCCACGCCGCCUCCGAGUCCAGCAGCGACACCGGGGACUUAAUGUUCAGUGAAUUGGAAGUGUUCGCGGAUGAGAACAACCCGAGCCACGCCGACGAGAACUCCAACGAGGAGAACGAUGUUGACGACGAAACCAUGUCCGACGGGUCGUCGGCGAGCGGGUCGUGCUCGUGGUGCGGCAUGGGCGAGUCCCCGGCGUCGGCGUGCUCGGAGGCGGGCGGCGGGCGCCAGUACUGCGCCUACCGCCGCGCGCAGCGCCACCAGCCCUACGCGCGCCCGCCCCACCACCCGCCGCACCACCCGCACCACGCGCACAGUUGCGGAGACAUCUGACUACACACCCCACACUCACCACACUCGCUGCUAGUUCUCCCCAAAUGUCCCGCUUACAACGCCGCGAUCUCUUUAGGAUAUAAGGCCCCGGGAGAUACAAUUACAAAUGUACUAUUCUAGAGCGGAUCUAACAACGUCGUCGUGAGUAAAAGUUUGAUCAGAACUAAGCGAUUGUCUCCGACCGAUGAGAAUAUAUACGACUGGAGAUGCGAAGAACGAAAAAUAUAUCUUUCACGGCCGAUUCGGUAUUGAAUAUGAUUAAUUUAGUUUUUUUCGGUUUAAUUAUCUGAUUCAAAAUACUAUUGCGCCGACGACUAAAAGUUACUUUAUAAACACUAUCGUUACUCUAAUAAGUAAGAAAUGAUUUGCGACAAUCGCUAGCGGAAAAACACAGAAAAACGCCACAAACGUUUUCUACAGGGUGAAAAUAAACGUAAAGCUGCUACAGUCGUUGUUUUUGAAUAUGUAAUUAACUUUCAAAUUAUAACCGUCUUCAAUACAAUAGUUUUGUUGUAAUUUGUUAUAUUUUUCAAAUAAAUUUGAAGUAA